AUGUUCAAGAUCCCUCGGGGAAUUCCCGUUGCAAGGCAUGCUGUUUGCUUCGUCUUGCUUGGCUGGAUUUGCUGUUCGGCAGGACUAGCAGGCACUGAUCAACAAAGUCAACGUCGAUCUGGUGAAGCGAGCGCAAAAUUGGCGGCAUUCGUGCGAGCAGACACAGCAAAGCGAUUAGCAGCCAGCAGGAAGCAAGCCUCGCCUCAAACCACUGAUCGCAGCUCAUCAUCAGAGUCCAGCAGCUUCAGUCUCUUCGCUCAUCAACCUUCAGUAUUCCACAACGUCCAGCAAGCAUCUUCUCCUGAAGUCCCUGAUGAUGAAAUCUCUGAAAGGAUCUCAAUCAAGUCCCAAUUCUCUCACCAAGGACCAACUCAGAAAUCAACAGCAGAGAAAUCGUCAUCGUCAGAAAAGCGGAAAACUUUUCUUCACGUCGCUACUGCUGCUUCUGCUCAUUCGCCAGACAUUGAUUCACGAUCGAGUGUAGAAUAUCACGUCAAUAAUGAUCCCAGCGAAACUGACUCCUUUUACGAGCCCCAAAACGGGGAUUACAACAAUUAUGACGAGAUUUUCAAAUCCGGCGGUGGUUUGACCAGCUACGAAAGAAGCAGAGCCAGCAAUGAAUUCCAGUCUCCGCUUUCCGUGGGACAUUCAGUCAUCGAACAGGCCUUUGCUGACGACGACGACGACGAAUAUUUUUUCAGCCACGAAGAUUCUACGGGCCCACGCGAUGACAUUCCAUUAGCUCCUGCGUACAAUAACAAGCAACCAGGACAACUGCUUUCAGCACCUGUUCCUGUGUCACCACAAUACAAUAGCAAGCAGACGAGCGACAGCAGGGAAAACUACAAGAAAACCCAGACCAACAGCAAUUCGGGUGAAACCUACAAGAAAACCCAGACCAACAGUAAUUCGGGCGAAACCUACAAGAAAACUCCUACUGGCAAUUCCGGGGAAAACUACAAGAAAACCACUGCUGGCAAUUCCGGGGAAGGCUACAAUAAGAAGGCCAACAGCGAUUCCCGGGAAAGUUACAAGAAAUCCAACAGCAAGUCUGACGAGCGGGACGAUUCCGGCGGCUACGGAUAUCCCGGCGGCGACUCUUUCGACCCCGGCGACUAUGACGCCGCCAUCAUCAUAGAGGACAACGAUGUGGACAACUACGUGCCCUUCGUUCCUCAUUUGCCGCCUCCACCGCCGCCCCCGACCGUGUAUCAAAACAAGCCCGACUACGUCUACAAGUUCAAGUUCUACCCUGCAGGCAAAUACCUAUUUGUUUUUCUUCCUUUAAAAAAAUUGGGAUACCACAAGGGUGCCAAGGUGAUCUACCUUGACGACCACGACUACUACCACCCAUACUACACCCCAAGUGGCUACGAGAGCCUCAAAACAGUGAAGAAGAGUGUUUCGAAGAUCCAAAAGGAGCUGAAGAAGGCGACCAAAUUCCAGCCCCACUACGACCACUUGUACGGCAAAGGGCGAGUGAAGCAGUACUUGAUUUCCAAGCCGCCGCCUCAUUACGGGCCGCCGCUCGGGUACGGCAAUAAGUACGGCAGUGCGAAAGCAUUCCAUGUCCCACACCCAGUGACUGGCCAGGACCUCGGGGGUAUCGAUGAUUACCUAAACUAUGAAGUGGAGUUCGAUCGGAAGCAAACUUUGCAACACUGAUCCAUGAUUUGACUAUUAGAGAUCAGCAAGUCCGUCUCUUGUGGUUUAUUUUUGUGUCCGUUUUUUUUUUUUUAGAAACGCUGCUUCUCGUGACCUUUCGGAUAUUUUCUCGGUCCAAAAUUUUUAAAAAGAUUAUAAUAGCAAGAAGUUAGUAGAUUGCUAGGUCGAAAUUUACACAUUUAAGAGGCGAAUUUUUCUCUGCUAUCACAGUAAAUUAUUUUCUUGCGAAACCUCAUUUUUUUGUCUCCUUAAAAUAAUUUAUUGGAAUGUGGAAGAUCAGACAAAGAAAAAUUCAUUAUACAUCUUAAAGUGUUUUUCAAAGAUCUUCUGAAGUUUUUUUUCCUUGCGAGGGAAAUAUUCUAGAUUUUUACCUUUUUCUAGAAUUAAGGAAAUUUUCACAGCUAAGCUUUCUGAAACACUCUUAGUAAAAAGGUCACUAAGCAUUUUAAAUUGUUAAUUUUGAAGAAACAUUUUUGAACCCAGAAAGUUUUGAGGAUCGAAAGAGGAAAAAGAGACGCAUUUAUUACAUUUUCACCGGAAUUCCUUUUAAAGCAAAGUUUGCUGGAGGAAAAGCUAUUUAACUCUUUUGAUUUUUAAAUUGCUGGUCACGAGAAUCAACGUUUCGGAAAAAUUCGGAAAAAGCUUAGCUCACUCAUUUGAAUCACUCGUUAUGACUACCUACUUAUUUGCACGAGAAAUGUUUUCUUGUUCAAGUUUAACAUUUGUUUAUUAUUACUUGCCUUUUAGAAUUGAUUUUGUCAGUCCGAGUUUGCUUUCGGACGUCUCACGAACACCCGUCGUUCUUUCUCGUGUGACAGGGGAAUAUUAUUUUGUUUUGGAGGAAAUGGAAAAUAUUUUUUUUGUACGGCGAAAACUAGUCCUCGCGUUCGCAAAUUUUUUUUUUUUGCGGUGCGGGAGUUGCCACAGAUUUAAAACAUUUUUUUCUCUGCUGUUGAAAGACUUUUUUUUCUGUUGCUGCAGUAUUUUUCUCGACACAGUCGUGAAAAUGACGAAUAGUGACGAUUUUUUUUUUCACUCAAAAUUUUGGCUCAGAGAUUGCUGUGUAUAUGCGCCGGGCAUGUGUCGAGGUGACUUGACUCAAGUUGCGGACGAGCUUCGUGCCAAAAUGUUUAUUUAGGUUAUUGCGAGAGGAUUCGAAAAGUGAGCUUGUUAUUUUAAGGAAUGACGCCAUUCGAAGCGGAUAAAAUUUCCGAAAUAAAAAACAUCUGGGAGUCCUGGAAAGAAAAAAAAAAUUUUAAAAGGAGAAUUUCCGCAAUUUUGGAGCGUUUUUCCGCGCACGUGUGGCCUUUUAUUCGGGGCGGAGUGGAAUGAUUGCUGCAUUAGGAAUUUAUAGUUAUAGCAGUUUUUAUGUCACUUGUUUUUCUUUCGAAGUUGAAUUCAUCGCUGUGUGUUUUCGUUUUUUAUUUUUGAUUUCGCUUAAUUGCUAUUCAAAGAAGAUCGCCGAUGAGGGACGCGGUUUAGUCUUCGCUUCUGGUGACAGAGUUACCGCGUGUAUGUUGGCCUCCGAGCAUUUGAAUAACGAAAAAUGUCGGGCGGAAUGCGAUGUUUGUCGACUUGGUUUUUUUUUCGUACUGCAUGGAUGAUUUUCUGCUUUCUUAAUUUCUGGUUGUCGUGAUUGUUUGUUGUUGAAUGUUUACUUGUACUUGUUGUUUUUUGUUGUUUUCUGAAAUGUUGUGGCGUUGAAGUUUCGCGGCUCUCGUCGUCGAGGCGAGCGAGUUUGUUGUUGCAGUUUGGACCUUUUAUUGUUGUCGUGGAUUUGCUGUUGAAGCUGUUUUAUUCUGAUGUAAUUUUUCUCAUGUUCUGAAGAUGAGUUGGAAGGAAUAAUUUUUUCCUUCCACUGCUCACGAGUUCUUCUGGGGACAAAAAUUCGGUGUUGGAUGAUGUGGUGAAGUAAAGUUCGAAGUUGCUCAGA